AUGACGUCGUGUCGCCAUGGCUGCGAAAAUGUCGCCACGGGGCAGCCUCGCUGCCAACACACCGUGUCGCGAACGUCGCUCCCUACGCGCCACGCCGCCUUUAGUGCGCAUCCUCCGCACCCUCUUUCUCCCUCCCCAAAGUCGCAUACCAUCCUGGCCGUGUCACCUCCGCCUUUACCGCACCACCUCAUUGCCGCAUCACCAAUUCCAAGAGGCCUCUCACCCCUCCCCCAGUUCGCACCUCCCGCAAAUCCCCUUACCCGCAAGUCGCACCCCCCUUUUCCCCCAGGUCGCGCCUCCGUUUUCCCCCAGGUCGCACCUCCCUUUUCCCCCAAAUCGCACCUCCUCCUCCUAUGUCCUCCCGUCCCUCACUCCCAUCUUCCUAUCCCCCCAACCCCUCUCUCAGCUCAAUCCAUCUCCUCACUUCCCUCUCCCCCUACUGUCCCUCAUGUCCCCCGCUCCUUCCCCCCAUUUCACCCCUCCGUGCCCUCAUUCCCAUCCCUCCCCCUCGUCUCACCAUUCCUACCCCGUUUUCCCACCACUUUCCCUUGUUUUUUCCCCUCCCCCCAUCAGCCCUCCGCGCCUGCAGCCUCGUCACCGCCACGGAACCGCCAGCUGCACGUUUGGCGAGGUGCGCGAGAUGUGGCCAUUCAAGAGCCAGUGCCUUUCCUCAUCCCUCCGAACCUCUUCCUCUCCGCCCUCCAUCAACUGCGCUCACACGAAUCCGCGCACCUGGCUUGCACACCUCCGUCAUCCUCUCUCUCCCCUGUCAUCCUCUCCUCCCCUUGUCUUCCUCCCACGCUUAUCAUCCUCUCCCCCCCACACCUCCUCCCCCCACUGUUCUCCCCUGUCUCCACCGUCAUCCUCUCUCCCCCUGUCCUCCUCUCCCCCCCCUGUCCCCCUCUCUCCCCCCUGUCCUCCUCUCUCCCCCUUGUCCUCCUCUCUCCCCCCUGUCCUCCUCUCUCCCCCCUGUCCUCCUCUCUCCCUCCUCCUCUCUCCCCUCUGUCCUCCUCUCUCCCCCCUGUACUCCUCUCUCCCCCCUGUCCUCCUCUCUCCCCCCUGUCCUCCGUUCCCCCCCCCCCCAGUCCUCCUCCGUCCCCGCUGUCCUCCUCUCACCCCCCUCCUAUCCUCUCCCCGUCCAGUCCACUCCCCUGGCGUCGAUGGUGCACACCUGAUGAGCCUCAGGUCCCUCCUUUUUCCGGUCCCCCCUUUUCCCGUCCCCCCUUUCCCCUCCCUCCCGUCUCCCUUACCCUCGUCCCCCUACCCCCCGUCUCCCUUCCUCUGUCUCCUCUGUCCCCCAUGUCCUCCUCUCUCACCCCUGACAUCCUCUCCCCCCCCUAUUCUCCUCUCUCUACUGUGUCAUCCUCUCUCCCUUCUAUCAUCCUCUCUCAUCCUCUGUCUUCCUCGCUCCCCACUGUCAUCCUCUCCCCACCUUGUCCUCCUCCCCCCCUGUCCUCCUCCCCCCCUGUCCUCCUCCCCCCCUUGACCUCCCCUCUCCCCCCUGUCAUCCUCUCUCCCCCCUGUCCUCCUCCCUCCCCCCUGUCCUCUCCGCUACCCUUCACUGUACCCCUUCCUCCCCAUCCCACCUCCCUGCCCCCCCAUGUCUCCUGGACCCUUCCAUUCGCUUACAUUCUUCAAGGGCUUGUAUGGUACGCCUCCCCCACGCCACACCAUCCGCUGCAUAUACUCUGCCCCACCUACACACUCUGCCCCACCCUCAGCCGCCCCUCGCUCUGCUGGCCCGCUCCCUGCUGCACCACCAUCUGCCGCCCCUCCGUUCAAAAGUCCCUCCCUGCACCACCAUCUGCCGACCCUCCGUUCAAAAGUCCCUCCCUGCACCACCAUCUGGCCCGCUCCCUGCACCACCAUCUGCCGCCCCUCCGUUCAAGAGCAGGGAGAAAGGCAGAGAUAUUACUGGGGAGAGAGGGGAGCAAGGCAGAUAUAUUACAGGGGAGAGAAGGGAGCAAGGCAGAGAUAUUACAGGGGAGAGAAGUGAGCAAGGCAGAGAUAUUGCAGGGGAUCGAAGGGAGCAAGGCAGAGAUAUUACAGGGGAGAGAGGGGAACAAGACAGAGAUAUUACAGGGGAGAGUAGGGGCAAGGCACAGAUAUUACAGGGGAGAGAAGGAAACAAGGCAGAGAGACAAGAGGGGAGUGAAGGGAGCAAGCAGGAGAUAUGAGAGCAGAGAGAAUGGAGCAAGGGAGGGGCACAGGGGGGGAGAGAUGGGAGCAAGGCGGAUAUGGGAGAGGAUAGAGGGGAGCUAG